UUGGACCUGGACGGAGAGGAACCCGAGCCAACAGCGGACCAACAUGUCGCUCACCUCCAUCCUUUCAGCUGAGGCCAUUGAAAAUGCUGUCAAGGACUGUCAAGCUCCGGACUCAUUCUGCUACAAGAAGUUCUUCCAGCUGUGUGGCCUGUCCUCAAAGACGCCCAAGGAGGUCAAAGAUGUCUUCCAGAUCCUCGACGAGGACAACAGCGGCUUCAUCGAGGAGUCUGAGCUCAAGUACUUCUUGCAGCGGUUCAUCCCCGGGGCGCGGACACUGACUGAGGCAGAAACCAAGAGCUUCAUCUCAGCAGCUGAUGAUGACAGUGACGGCAGAAUUGGAGCAGAGGAAUUCCAGACAAUGGUCCUGUCCUGAGUUUUGCAGAUGAAGAUAUCUCAAGUCGUCAGGUCCUCAGUCUCCUCCCCAACUCCGGAGUCAAAUGAUCCCAGCUUCCAUCCCCAAGUCCUUUUCUACCAAAUUCUGUGUGCAUUAAUUGUUUUUGAAUGACCUUUUGUCCAUUUAAAAACAACAGACUUUUAAUUUGUCUUUCCACUGUGAUGGUCCAUGUUUUCUUGUCUGUGCAUGUCCCACCUCUGACAAUGAAUGAGAUAAAUAAACAU